AUGCCUCCUCUGUUCCGCCCCCUCGCCCUACGUCAACCCCUCUUCACUCUCCGUCCAAUUCGAACAUUUACAACACUCCGCCCCCUCCGCAUCAAAGAAGACGCCGAGCGCAGCCCCGAAGAAAUCGAGAAAGCCAAGCAAAAGUCCAUGAACAAGCCCGAGGGCAGCAGACACACUGCUUCGAGCGGCGAGGAGGCGGUCGGGGCUGAUAGGGAGAAUGUGAAGGAUCACGAUCAGCAUAUGGAGGAGUUGCAGAAGCAGACGGCGGGGAAGAGUCAGGAGAAGCAUCCGGAGGGGAAGUCGUGA